AUGCCCCGAACGCGUUCCCACUCCAUGCCCUACUCCACCCCCUACCCUUACAUUCCAACUUCCCUAUACACCCACCCAUCCGUUCCCUUCUGCGUGUCCCCUACCAUCAACUACUGCCAAAGUGACGCCUCCUCCUCUCCCCCGCCCAGCCCACCCCAAUCAAUCACCCCACGUCCCCUCUCCCCGCCCCCACACCAACCCUCACACCCACCACCACCUCCUCCUCCACCCAUCCCUCGAAACAACUACCCCAAACUCUACAUUCUCGACGGUGACACCGCCGCCGGCCUGGCAAUUCGCUACUUUAUCCACGAACGCGGCGGCGUCCGCGUCCGCGCCGGCUUCAUCGACGUCCAACUCAAAGACCAGAUCCUACCCUCCUUCAUCUGGGAACAGCACCAUGCCGGCGAACUUCCCAUGCUCUUCCUAGACAAUCCGACGCGUAGACCCGUGCGCAAAGUCGUCGGCUUCGAAGCCAUCACCGAGUACAUCGAUAGCGUGUCGCCCACGGAUCGCUAUCUAUAUGGGAAUACGGAGCAGGAGCGGGCGUUGAUCCGCUCGUGCAUUCAUUGUCUCCGGCGCGAUGUGAUUGAGCCACUGUAUGAGUGGAAUAACCAUUACUUGGGGAAUAAGACUGGUGAAGAAGUCACUGGGUAUGCGCCGGUGCCGGGUCGGAGGAGGGCCCUGAAGGAGAGGAUUGAGAUGACGCUGGGCCAGGUGGAGGAGAAUUUGGAAGGGUUGGAGUAUCUCCUUGGGAAGUUCUGCGCCGCGGAUGUGUAUCUCUUUGGGAUGGUGGUUGCGCAUGCGGAUCGCUGGCCGUGGUUUUUUGAUGAUGAGAGGAGACCUAGAGUCUCUGAUUACUUUGCUAGGAUGAGUGAGAGGCCUAUGGCGCAUUUGGCGGAUGAGUUCUGGGAUACUACCCGGACGACGGUGGUGGACUAGGGUGAUGUUUGAGGUUGCAUGAUAUUUGG